UUAUUAUUACUUGUUUUGAUUAUUGUUGCCAUAUUUAUUUCCGGCUCUCCUUCCUACCCCCUUAAAAAGUCUCAAUCUAAAGCCACUUCAAUUAUUCAUAAUUUUUAUAUUUCCUUAUUUUUAAACUUUAAUUUAAUUCAUUUCUAAUUUUUAGUUUGAUUAAUUUAAUCAAAAAAACUUUUUGUAAACAAAAAUGCAAUUAUUCCUUUCUCUUUUAAUUUUAAAAAUUAGCAGCACUUUCCUUUUAAUUUCUGCUAAUUCAAUUGUUCGUUUAAGAAGUUUAAAAAUUUCUGGAAAUAAUAAAAAUAAUAUUGAUGGAAUUGAAAAUUGUUUGUCAGAAUUAAAAACUAGAAUUUGUGAUCCUGAUAAUAUUUUAAAUUAUGAACAAUUAGACAGAAUUAAUGAAGCAUUAAUUGAAUUGGAACAGUCAACUAAUGUUACUUUUUAUCCGGCUCCACCACUUUGGGAAUUUGAAAAUGCAGCAAAAUGUCCAUCUUCUGGCUUAGCCCUUUCAUUAAUUAUUGUUAAAAAAUUAGAACAGCCAGAUUUGGCUACAAAAAGAAUUUCUGAUUUACACAAAAAAUGGACAGAAUUGCAUCCUUGUUCUAAAACAGCAAUUGUUUUGGCUGAAUUAAAUACAAACAAAAAAGAAUUAAAUGACGGCCAAUUACGUAGAAGGUCCCCUGAAGCAUUGAAUGAUGCUCUCUCUAAUACUUUACUACGUGAUCCAAAAAUCCGUUUUUCAAAUAAGCCAAUAAUGGUUGGGGCACAAUUUAUUGGAAUUAGUAGUGCUAAUUCUGAUGUUCCUUCUCUUGAAUUGGCACAACAUUAUUUUAGACAAAGCCGUUUCCUAAAUGAAGGUCAAGUAACAGAAGCAAUUGAAGGAAUGGUUGGCGAUUUAAGAAAAAAUAUGAUGUUGAGAAUGUAG